AACGGUACACGAAUAGACGAUCUAAUGCGACCCGGGCUGGAUACCACCAUCGGCCUUCGCGGUACCUCACCCGACUUGUCAUGGCGUCUAGCGGCAGCAUCAGCAGCGACCUCGAAACUGCACGCGGACAUGCAGCGCACGACUCCGCACUGGGCAGCGACAUGUCCAAGGAUCAUGCUUCGAAGCUGAAAGAUCUCGAAGAGCAAAAUGAUAUCCUCGCAGAGAAAGCGGCCUCCGCCUCACAACGUUUCGCAGAUUACGAGAAUGAGAUCCGUGUCCUCCAGGCCAAGUUGCGACAGCAGGAGCGGCGUAACACGGAUCCUAUUCAGACUCGCGCCCUUGACCAUCUUCCCCCUCCGCCGCCCGAGAAGGACAAACCAGGCGCAGGCCUGUCGCGCUUCGGCAGCUUCAUCACCGGGAGGCCCAUGAACUCGCCAACCACGCCUACAUCACCGCCUUUGUCUGCGCGCGAGGAAGAGCUAAAAGCCGCCUUGAUUCGCGAGCAGACUGCUCGGCUCGCUGCUGAGUCAAAGACAAAAGAGGUGAAUUCAGAAAUUGAGGAGUUGAGCGCCACUUUGUUUCAGCAGGCCAACGAAAUGGUAGCAUCAGAGCGCAAGGAGAAUGCGGCGCUCAAGCAGACCAUCGAUCAGCUCGAGCACAAGCGAACAAAGUCAGAUGAAGCUGUCAGAAUGGAGAAUGAAAGACUCAAGCAGAAAAUUCAGAUGAUGGAACAACGCGAGAGUGAGCGCAAAGGACGGCUAGAGCGACUGGAAGCAGCGCAGAAGCGAAUCGAUCGCGUAAGGGCUAUGCUCGUGCCACGCUGA